AUGAGAUUCAGUCGCGAUCACUGGCGGCGUGACGAACGCUCGGACAAUCAAAUCGGGCAAUCAAAGCAGAAAGGGGAAACACAGAUGAGACUCUCCGGAACACUGGCGGCGGCAGGCCUGGCGCUGAUGCCGGCUGUCGCUCUGGCGGACGGCCAUGCAGGUGCAAAGGUGGCGGUGCUGGAAACCUAUGCGGAUAUCGCCCACGCAGGUUACGAGGAUUCGCUGAUCACCGCGCGGGACCUCCAAAAAGCGGUGGACGCUUUGAUCGCCAAUCCAACCGAGGGCAGCCUGGCCGCGGCGCGCGACGCCUGGAUCGCCGCCCGGGUGCCCUACCAGCAGACCGAGGUUUUCCGCUUCGGCAACGCAGUGGUCGACGACUGGGAGGGCAAGGUGAACGCCUGGCCGCUCGACGAGGGCCUGAUCGACUACGUGGACGGCGGUUUCUAUGGCACCGAGUCCGACGAGAACCCGAUCUUCACGGCCAACGUCAUCGCCAACAAGACCCUCAAGGUGAACGGCGAGUCCGUCGAUGCGUCGGUCAUCACCAAGACCUUGAUCGCAGACGUGCUGCACGAGGCCGAGGAGGUGGAGGCCAAUGUGGGAACCGGCUAUCACGCCAUCGAGUUCCUGCUCUGGGGUCAGGAUCUGAACGGCUCCGGCCCCGGCGCCGGCAACCGUCCGGCCAGCGACUUCAGCACCGCAAACUGCACCAACGGCAACUGCGACCGCCGCGCGGCCUACCUGAAGGUCGCGACCGACCUGCUGAUCGACGACCUGGAGGAGAUGGUGGCGCUUUGGGAUGAGAACGGCCCCGCUCGCAAAGGCCUUGUGAGCGGCAACCCCGAGGCCGGGAUCACCACCAUGCUCACCGGCAUGGGCUCGCUCUCCUAUGGCGAACUGGCGGGCGAGCGCAUCAAGCUGGGCCUUAUGCUGCACGACCCGGAAGAGGAGCAUGAUUGCUUCAGCGACAACACGCAUUACUCCCACUUCUACAACCAGAUCGGCAUCACCAACGUCUAUCUCGGCACCUACAAGCGGGUCGACGGCAGCGUGGUGAGCGGCCCCAGCCUGUCGGACCUGGUGGCGGGCAAGGACUCUGCCGUCGAUACGGAGAUGAAGGAAAAGCUGGGGGCCGCCCGCACGGCCAUGCAGGCCAUGGUGGACCGCGCCAAGACCGUCGAAGCCUAUGACCAGAUGAUCGGCGAGGGCAACGCCGAGGGCAACGCGGUCAUCGAGACCGUGGUGCAGUCGCUGACCACCCAGACCAAAUCGAUCGAGCGGGCGGUUGCCACGCUCGGCCUGGGACAGAUCGCUUUCGAGGGCUCCGACAGUCUCGACGAUCCGCAGGCGGUGGGCGGCGAUCGGACAGCUCGCAUCAUGAUCAGACCUUCCCUCUCCUUUCUCGCCUUGAUCGCCAUAAUGAGCGGGCCGGCAGGUUCGCUUGCCGGCCCGACGCCCGAGGAGGCGGCGCGUAUUGCGGAUGUCAUCCGACCGACUGCGGAUUUCACCCGCGCCGAGCCUUUCGAGGCGCUGCCCGCGGGGGCGGCCACUUCGAAGAAGCGAAGUCUCGACACCAAUUCCUUCUCACAGCAUUCCGGAAACAUGGACUUCGAGCGGCAGCUCGAUUUCAAGCUCGGCAACGCGCUCUUCAAGCGACUCUGGGUCUCUUCGCCGGCCUCCACGGACUCGGCCGACGGUCUGGGACCGUUGUUCAACGCCCGCUCCUGCCAGCGCUGCCACCUGAAGGACGGGCGCGGGCACCCGCCGGUGGCGAACUGGCCGGAUGACUCGGCUGUUUCCAUGUUUCUGCGCCUCAGCAUUCCGCCUGAGACCGAAGAACAGCGUGCGGAUCUGGCUGCCAACCGCCGCAACGUCAUCCCGGAGCCGACUUACGGUGGCCAGCUUCAGGACCUCGCCAUCCAGGGCCACGCCGCCGAAGGCAAGAUGCACAUCGUCUACGAGGAAGAGCCGGUGACGCUGGCCGAUGGAGAGGUCGUGAGCCUGCGGAGGCCGACCUACAGCAUCACCAACCUGGGCUACGGGCCGCUGCAUCCCGAGGUGAUGAUGUCGCCCCGGGUGGCCCCGCCGAUGAUCGGGCUCGGCCUGCUCGAGUCGAUUGCCGAAGAGGACAUCCUCUCCUGGGCCGACCCGGACGACGCCGACGGCGACGGCAUCUCCGGCCGCGCCAACCGUGUCUGGGACAAGGAGGCCGGCGCGGUUGCCCUCGGGCGCUUCGGCUGGAAGGCGGGCGAGCCCACGAUGCUGCAGCAAAGCACCCAUGCCAUCAACGGCGACAUCGGGAUUUCCGCGCCUUUGGCGCCGGCACCGGCCGGCGACUGCACGGCGGCGCAGAACCUUUGCCUGGACGCGCCGCAUGGAGCCUCUGCCCGGCACGAGGGCUUCGAAGCGUCCAGCGAGAUGCUGCGCCUCAUCACGUUCUACAGCCAGAACCUGGCGGUGCCGGCACGCCGCAACCCCGAAGAUCCCCAGGUCCUGGCUGGUAAGAAGGUCUUCUACGAGAGCGGCUGCAUCGAUUGUCACCGCCCGAAGUACGUGACCCAGCGCGAGGCGGUCGGGCGGGAGCAGUCGUUCCAGCUGAUCUGGCCCUACACCGACCUGCUGCUGCACGACAUGGGCGAGGGCCUGGCCGACAACCGGCCGGAAGGGCUUGCCAACGGGCGGGAGUGGCGCACGCCGCCGCUCUGGGGUAUCGGGCUCACAGAAACGGUAAACGGCCACACGCAGUUCCUGCACGACGGCCGGGCGCGCAGCCUGCUGGAGGCGAUUCUCUGGCACGGCGGUGAGGCUCAGGCGGCGCGGGACCGGGUGGUGGCGCUCGGCACGUCGGAGCGCGAGGCACUGUCGGCUUUAGCAACAGUGGGGUUGGCGGUCUCGUUCACGGCCCCGGCUGCUGCCGACGACUUUGCCGCGCUGAACGAGGUUGUCGUCGCCGACUAUCUGCUGCCGCGCUACGAAGCCCUGGCCGACGCAGGCAGUGCCCUGGACGCGGCCCUGCGGCAAGGCUGCGGUGCGGGAACCCUCGGGGCUGAUGCCAGCAUCGCCGCCUAUCACGAGAUGGCGGAUGCCUGGAUGGCGGUUCAGCAUCUGCGCCUGGGGCCCAGCGAGUUGUUUCUGCGCGCCGACCGCAUACAGUUCUGGCCCGACAAGCGCGGCAUUACCGGCCGCCAUCUCAGCAGACUCGUGACCGAGGCCGAUCCGGCCGCGCUGGAGCCGCAGCGCUUCGCCCAGGGCUCGGUUGCGGUGCAGGGCCUGCCGGCGCUCGAGCGCCUGUUCUUCGCGCCGCCGGAAGGUGCCGAUCCCGCCUUCGCCUGCGACGUGGCGGUCGCCAUCGGGGCCAAUCUCAAGAGCAUCGCCGGGGGAAUGCUGGACGACUGGCGCGAGGGACCGACGCCCUAUGCAGCUGUGAUCAGGAGCGCGGCCGAGGGCAAUGCCGCCUACAUGGACGCCAAGGAGGCGAGCCUGCAGUUCGCCAAGGCGCUGCGUGCGGCUCUGGUGGCAACGACGGACCUCAAGCUCGACCGUCCGCUCAGCACAAGCGCCAAGGCUGUAAAGCCGCGGCGCGCGGAAUCCUGGCGCAGCGCGCGUUCGCUGCGCAACAUCAGGAUCAACAUCGAAAGCGCCGAAGCCCUCUACAGGGAUGGCGGGCAGGCCGGCUUUGCUGCGCUUCUGCGCCGGCAAGCCGGCGGCGAAGAGGUCGACAAGAACAUCGCGACCGCCUUUGCCCAGGCCCGCGCCCGGCUUGACGCCUUGCCGGACUCGCUGCAGGCGGCCCUGGAUCAGCCCGAGGGCUGGCAACAUCUCGAUGACCUGCGCAGUCACCUGCGCGAUCUUCUCGCGCUGCUGAGCGGGCCCUUCUCGCAGACCCUGGACCUUCUGCUGGCCGGGGCAGUCGCUGCUCCGCUGGCUUUGUCUGUGCGCCCAGCCCGGGGCGCGAGGCCGGUGCGCGUCUUCGUCAGCGCCUGCGGCGAUGCGGCCGGGCGCUUUUCGGUCAAGGCGGUCGCUGCGGACGGCCGCCUGCUUUCCGACCUUCAGUUGCCCGGGCGCGGCCAUGCCGCCGCGCGGCGGCCCGGACGCGACGAGGUUGUCGUUCUGGCGCGGCGCCCCGGGCGCUUUGCGCUGGUCAUCGAUCCCUUCGCCGGCGGCAUCGUCCGGCAGAUCGAAGCGGCCCCCGGGCGGCACUUCUAUGGCCAUGCCGUCUUCAGCCCGGACGGCCGCCGGCUGUUCGCGACCGAGAACGCCUACGCCGAAGGCCAGGGGGUAAUCGGGGUGUACGAUGCCGCCGCGGGCUACCGCCGCGAGGACGAACUGCCCUCCCACGGCGUCGGCCCCCAUGAACUGGCGCUGCUGUCGGACGGGCGGCGUCUGGUGGUUGCCAACGGCGGGAUCAGAACCCACCCCAACAGCGGGCGGCGCAAGCUGAACCUGGAAAGCAUGCAUCCGAACCUCGCCUACGUCGAUGCCGGAAGCGGCGCUUUGCUGCAACGCCUGACGCUGCCCGGCGAUCUGCACCGGCUGUCGAUCCGCCACAUGGCCGUGACCGCCGAGGACCAGGUGUGCCUGGCGCUGCAAAACGAGGGGCCGCGCGACCGCCUGGUGCCGCUGGUCGGCCUGCAGCGGGACAGCGCCCCGAUCACUCUGGCGAAGGGGCCCGAGGGCGUUCUGCGGCGCAUGCGCCACUAUGCCGGCGGCGCGGCGCUGGAUGAUGAGGGCGGCGUGCUCGCCGUCUCCGCCCCGCGGGGCGGCCUGAUCACCUUCUGGUCGUCGCAGGAGGGGGGCUUCCUCGGCAGCCUUGAGGUGCCGGACGGCUGCGGCCUCGCCGCAGCGGGCGGUGCCGGUCGCUUUGCCGUCUCAAGCGGCGCAGGGCGCUUGUUGAUCUACGAUGCGGUCAGCCGGCGGUCCGAGACCCUGCGGGACGACCGGCGCCAUGGGCUGGCCUGGGACAACCAUCUGCUGGCGUGCUGA